AUGCACAUCGCAAAAGCGACUAUUCUUUCUAAAGAACAUGCAAAAGAGGACAACGAGGAGCACGGUCGAACCCCGGUAGCGGAGCUACGCGACGCACUGUUAAGGAAACCUAUUCUCGGAUACCCGGACUACGACAAACCAUUCCAUAUAUUCACGGACGCUAGCACCGUCGCUCAAGCUGGAGCUCUCAUGCAAGAAGAACAGCCUAAGUCGACGUCCCCUGAGCAGUCCCUCAUGGACACGCUCAUGGACGAGCUGCCACUCGAGGAAGCGUUCCAACUCCUAUACGGAAGCGAGCCGGGUGACGAUGAUAGUCACAUGAAGCGCUUGGAGGGAGCCGAAUUUCCUGAGCGCCCAAAGGCUGAUCCGGCUCUGCCGCACGAAAUGCUGCGCUAUAUUAAAGGUCUGUUCAUCCACGAGGGCAUACAUCCAGUGCUGUACCGCGUAAAAUCGCUUUUUGGCCAAGGAGCCCGCCUGGAGUCCGUCCACAUGGAGGUUCCAUUACCGGACCGUAUUGAUCUUCAUACGAUCACAUUAGAUCAAUUCGCGGUCAACGUUCUCACGGAGAAACGCCACGUGGAUAUUUUCCAUCUCCUGAUUGGGGAUUUGGUAUGGGUUUACUCCUUGACCCCAUCCAAAAAAUUCCUUAAGGAGGGUGUUCCAUACCCGGAAACAAUCGAGCAAGGCGUGCCACCAUCGUAG